UCCGCACGAGUAAACCCGCGCUUAAUUUUCUCUUCUCUCACCUACUAAAUUCCGUUCCCCUGCUCGUGUCGCUCGCUGGGGUUUGGAUCCGAGCGGAGGCUCGGGCGGCGGAUGCUGUAGAGAAAUGGCGGAGGCCGUCGCGUCCGCGGGCGAGCACGCCAUGGGGGCCUCGAUCUCCGCCACGCCCGGCCAGGUUUCUUCUAUUCUUGGCUUUCUUUGGGUUUUCGCAGCCUGGGCGUAUUCUGAGGUUCUCUUUCAUAGGAAGAAUGCUGCUUCUAUUAAAGCUAGACACUCGGAUGUCAAUUUAGCAGUAUCGGAUAACAGUUCAGUCAAAGGAGAAGAUCAAACAAUGUUAUUGGAGCAGGGUGGUCAGGCAGCACCUGCGAAGCCAGUUUAUGCUUCCUUCACAUCACAAUUGCUCAGACUUUUCUUCAUGGACCAGACUCUUCUUCUGGAGAAUCGUUUAACACUGAGAGCAAUAUCUGAGUUUGGAGGGUAUCUACUUUAUUUUUACAUAUGUGAUCGUACAGAUUUGCUUGGAGAGUCUGCUAAGAAUUACAGCCGAGAUAUGUUCCUUUUCCUCUACUUUCUUCUUAUUAUCGUAGCAGCUAUGACUUCCUUUAAGGUCCAUCAAGACAAGUCGGCAUUCACAGGAAAGUCUAUACUGUAUUUGAAUAGGCAUCAAACUGAAGAAUGGAAGGGUUGGAUGCAGGUGCUGUUCUUGAUGUACCACUACUUCAAUGCUAAAGAGAUAUACAAUGCAAUCCGUGUAUUCAUUGCUGCAUAUGUCUGGAUGACUGGAUUUGGCAACUUCUCUUAUUAUUAUGUGAGGAAGGAUUUCAGUCUCGGACGAUUUGCUCAGAUGAUGUGGCGCCUCAAUUUCUUUGUGAUAUUCUGCUGCAUUGUCCUGAACAAUGACUAUACACUCUAUUAUAUUUGUCCUAUGCACACCCUUUUCACCCUCAUGGUUUAUGGUGCUCUUGGAAUUUUAAACAAAUAUAACGAGAUUAGAACGGUGAUGGCAAUGAAAUUUAUUGCUUGCUUCUUGGUAGUUAUCCUGGUAUGGGAAGUUCCAGGUGUCUUUGACAUAGUCUGGAGCCCAUUCACGCUUCUUCUAGGCUAUACCGAUCCUUCCAAACCAGAUCUCCCCCGGUUGCAUGAGUGGCAAUUCCGAUCUGGACUGGAUCGCUAUAUUUGGAUCGUGGGGAUGAUAUAUGCAUAUUACCAUCCAACUGUUGAGAAGUGGAUGGAGAAGCUGGAAGAAGCUGAAACGAGAACCAAACUCUAUAUUAAGGCCUUGAUAGUUACUAUUUCUUUGACGGCUGGUUAUUUGUGGUAUGAAUACAUUUAUAAGCUGGAUAAGAUUUCAUACAACAAGUACCAUCCCUAUACAUCCUGGAUCCCUAUAACUGUCUACAUAUGCCUACGCAAUUUCACUCAAGAGUUCAGGAGCUUCUCUCUCACACUAUUUGCCUGGCUUGGAAAGAUUACACUAGAGACAUACAUAUCUCAGUUUCAUAUCUGGCUCAGAUCAAGGGUGCCCAAUGGGCAACCGAAAUGGCUAUUGUCAAUAAUCCCAGAUUACCCAUUGCUCAAUUUCAUGCUCACUACUGCUAUAUAUGUUGUGGUUUCCCUUAGGCUCUUCGAAUUGACUAAUACCUUGAAGAUUGCAUUUGUACCUAGUCGUGACAACAAGCGCCUCUCAUACAAUUUUGUGGCAGGAAUUGCCAUUUCCGUCGCACUAUACUUUGUAUCAUUUGUUCUAGUUGGCAUCGCAGGAUAAUAGGAAGUUUAGCUUUGGUUUUGUUUAGUUGGAAUUCUAGGAUAACGACAGAGCCAGUUCAAUUGUGAGCAACUUCAACAGGCGCUGCAUUUCUUUCACUGGAGCGAGGUAUUGUCUGAGUUGCAUGGUGAAAAGUAAUCGGGGGGUUGUGCAAGAACAGAUUUUGAAGUGUAACAUAUGAGUGAACCAGCCCCAAGAGGGGAUAUGAUAAAAGUAGAUAUAUUCCUGUAUAGCCGUUGAAAUGCAUACCGACUUACCGAGUGAGCACGUCGGCUGUGGAAAUCAGAUUUUGUUCCUUAUUUUUCUUCAAAGCUUGAAAUAGACAGAACGGUGAUAAAAAGUUAUUUUUCA